UCUUUUCUCCUGCCCUGCAGCCAGUCGAGGGUUAACAAAAUGAGCAGCUCUUGUGCAGGCAGAGUAUGUACUUGGCAGUGAGGGAUGGUCUGUAUUACAGUAUGUAAGAGAAGGAGCGGAGGUGCAUUUGAUUCCAUUCACCAGCUGGCAGGCUGAGCCUAAAUCUCAGGAUCCAGGGUCUGGCGACAGCCAAGAACCCCCCUCCUCCCUGCCCCGAGCCUCAGUUCUUCCCCUGGAUGGGGACCCUCGCCACUGCACAUGGUGGCAUUUGACUCCGGUAUGCUGCUGUGAGGAGUUUAUGUUGGUGGCUUCAACAGGACUUUUCCCCUGACUGUCUGAAUGAAUGAGUGCCUUUCAGAGCAGAGCCAGCUCCACGCCGCUCCCCACUUGCUCGGUCUCUCCAGAAGAUGCACAGCUGAAUUUUCCAGCCCAGCUCCAGGAGACUUUUCACUGAGGCAACCUUAGGCACAGAGGAGAGAAAGCACUGGCAGUGGAAUGAAAAAAGCCAAACGCGAGCCCAGCCGUCGCCGGCAACCCCUCGCUCUGAUGCUAAGCUUGCUGCCCUGAGAGACCAGGCAGGGGAGAGAAGUUGUUUCUCAGAGAGGAAGGGGCCAGGGAAACAAAAGAAAAACUUGAAACUAGCUUUGCUCGUGGCAUGCCCAGGGCCUGAAUCCCCUGCCCGUUAAAUGAAAGCACUUGAGGAAUCAAGUUUUCUGACUUGAGGGGAGAGGAAACAUGCUGAGCUGGGUGAGGGAGGAGAAGGGCAAGCUUUAGUUGUGUGGUGUGGUUUGCACUAAGGUCAGACAGAAUCAGCCUGGGGGUGGGAGCGGAAGGAGAAAGGGGAUCUAAUGCCAGCUGCCAAUAUGACAGAGACCCUCCAGCUCCCGGCACUGCAAGUCCCAGAGCAGCAGGUGUUGGAGUGCGGCCGCGCCUGGUCCAGCUCGUCCACCCCCACCCUGCGCCGGAGGCGCCUCAAGAUGAGGCGGAUGAAGAACGUGCAGGAGCAGAGCCUGGAGGCUGGCAGGUAUCAGGAUUCGCCCUCCCCCAGCAAAGAGUUUCUGCAGCUUCCCUCCAUCGAAAUCACCCCCUCGAGCGACGAGGACACCCCCUGGUCCAACUGCUCAACGCCCAGCGCCUCCCCACGGCGCAAGCGCUUCUUGCUCCGGAAGUGGCUGCGCAUAAGAGAGAAGAAGGAAACCAGUGAGAGCAGCAGCCAGCAGAGCAGCCAGCAAAGCAGCCACGAUGACGACUCGUCCCGGUUCCUGAGUCCCCGCAUGCGUGACGAGAGCACUGCCAGUAACUCGAACCGCAGCACGCCUGCCUGCUCCCCCAUCCUGCGCAAGCGCUCCCGGUCUCCGACACCGCAGGACUCUCAAGGGGACGCCAUGGUGGAGAAAGGCUCAGACCACUCUUCAGACAAAUCCCCUUCUACGCCAGAGCAGGGUGUGCAGCGGAGCUGUUCCUCUCAGUCGGGUCGCAGCGGGGCCAAGAACUCCAAGAAAAGCCAGAGUUGGUAUAAUGUGUUGAGCCCAACGUAUAAACAGCGGAACGAAGACUUCAGGAAACUCUUCAAACAGCUUCCGGACACCGAGCGUCUCAUAGUCGAUUACUCGUGCGCGCUUCAAAGAGACAUUCUCCUGCAGGGCCGACUCUACCUCUCCGAAAACUGGAUCUGCUUCUACAGCAACAUCUUCCGCUGGGAAACACUGCUGACUGUCCGUUUGAAGGAUAUCUGUUCUAUGACCAAGGAAAAAACAGCACGGCUUAUUCCUAAUGCUAUCCAAGUUUGCACUGACACUGAAAAGCACUUUUUCACUUCCUUUGGUGCCCGAGACAGGACGUACAUGAUGAUGUUCAGACUCUGGCAGAACGCUCUCCUUGACAAGCCCCUGUGUCCAAAGGAGCUUUGGCACUUUGUCCAUCAGUGUUAUGGGAAUGAACUGGGGUUGACGAGUGACGAUGAAGACUACGUGCCUCCUGACGAUGAUUUCAACACGAUGGGUUACUGCGAGGAAAUCCCCAUAGAAGAGAAUGAGGUGAAUGACAGCUCCUCUAAAAGCAGCAUGGAGGCCAAGCCUGAUGCAAGUCCACAGCUGCCCAAGAAGUCUCUCACGUCUGGCACUGCCAGCACAUUGACGUCCACGGGAAGCAGUGAAGCACCGGCCUCGUUUGACGGUGUGCUGCCUGAGGAGGAGGAGGAGGCUGUGGCUGAGAGUCCCAUAGAGAAGGAGCUGGCUAUUGCCAACAUCAUAGGAGAGAAGAUAGAGAUCAUUGCCCCCGUGAACUCCCCCUCACUGGACUUCAAUGACAACGAGGACAUCCCAACCGAGCUCAGCGACUCGUCAGAGACCCACGAUGAAGGGGAGGUUCAGGCCUUCUAUGAUGAUUUGAACGGCCGGCAGUAUGUGAACGACGUGUUCAGCUUCAGUGUGGACAAACUCUAUGACCUGCUCUUCACUGACUCCCAGUUCCAGAGGGACUUCAUGGAACAGCGUCGGUUUUCUGAAAUUAUCUUUCAUCCCUGGAAGAAGGAAGAAAAUGGCAAUCAGACCCGAGUGAUCCUGUACACCAUCACCCUCACCAACCCUCUGGCCCCAAAAACUGCCACUGUCACCGAGACUCAGACAAUGUACAAAGCCAGCCAAGAAAGCGAGUGCUAUGUGAUAGAUGCAGAGGUGCUAACCCAUGAUGUCCCCUACCAUGAUUAUUUCUACACCAUUAACCGUUACACUUUGACUCGUGUCGCCAAAAACAAAAGCCGACUCAGGGUUUCCACAGAGCUACGUUACAGGAAGCAGCCAUGGGGGCUGGUGAAAUCAUUCAUCGAAAAAAACUUCUGGAGUGGCCUGGAAGACUAUUUCCGUCAUUUAGAGAGUGAGCUGACCAAAACCGAGAGCAUGUACCUGGCUGAGCUCCAUCGACAAUCCCCCAAAGAGAAGGUGAAUAAGCAAUCUACAGUGCGCCGGCGGAAACGGCCCCAUGCUCACUUGCGGGUGCCACACCUGGAGGAAGUGCUGAGCCCUGUCACCACCCCCACCGACGAGGAGGUUGUACAUCGAAUCAAGCAUGUGGCAGGUUCCACUCAGACACGGCACGUCCCGGAGGAGAGUCCCAGUGGCUUCCACCUGCAGAGUGUCUCCAAACUGCUGCUCAUUAUCAGCUGUGUUUUGGUGCUGUUGGUAAUUCUUAAUAUGAUGCUGUUCUACAAACUCUGGAUGUUGGAAUAUACCACCCAGACCCUCACUGCAUGGCAAGGCCUGCGGCUACACGAAAGGUUACCCCAGUCCCAGACAGAGUGGGCCCAGUUACUAGAAUCUCAGCAGAAGUAUCACGACUCAGAGCUGCAGAAAUGGCGUGAGAUCAUCAAAUCCUCGGUGAUGCUUCUAGACCAGAUGAAGGAUUCACUAAUAAACCUUCAGAACGGCAUUGGUUCCCGUGACUAUGGGUCGGACCCAGAGGAAAAAAGGAAGCGCUUCCACUAACAGGCAGGAACACAGGAGGCCAGAGGAUUGUGUGCAAUAUGUGUAUAUAGAAUAUAUAAAUAUAUAUAUAUAAAUAUAUAUAUAUA